GUUUGUACAAGUUUCACAAAAUAAUAAUACCAUGCGUGGUAUUUUGUCAAUGGUAUUCGUCGGUAUCUUGUUGGGGCGAUCAGAACAAGCCAACAUUUUAAUGAUGGCCACACUGAUGUCACACAGCCAUCAUUUCUGGAAUGAAGCCAUCGCUAUUGGAUUAGUCGAUAAAGGACAUAAUGUUACCGUGCUGUCACAUGAUUACACACAAAUUAAAAGGGAUAAUUUUACUGUGAUUACAAUUGAUGGAGCUUAUGAUACAUUUGCAUAUGCUUAUAAAGGAAGCUCCUGGAGGAGAUUUUCUCUGACUCCGUUCAAUUUGCGAGCGCUCGUUGAUGACUUCAACCACUACUUCAAUAUCGAAUUGUGUGAAUUUGAUCUCAAUCAUCCUGCAUUUGAUGCAUUAUUAUCUUACCCAGACGAUUUCAAAUUCGAUUUAAUCUUGUGGGAUCACACUGCUGGCGAAUGUCUCUAUCCCGUUAUCGAACGCUUUGGUAAUCCACCACUGGUCGGUCUUAGUCCGUAUGGUUUGACCAAUUCUAUUGAAGCAUUGUAUGGAGGCCAUGUAUAUCCGUAUAUUGGACAAAUAAUAAUGCCGUUUACAAUCGCCACAACACUCUGGCAGCGGCUAUUUAAUACUAUCUAUAUUAAUUAUUCAAAUUACAAAAGAAUAUCUUAUCUGAAACCAGUGAGUGUGGAAGUUUCGCAGACGAAAUUUCCUAAUUGGAAUAUAGAAAAAUUUGAAGAAGUUGAAAAUAGGUUUUCAUUGUGUUUUGUUAAUUGGAAUGUGGCGUUGAAUCAUGCACAGCCUAUGAAUCCGAAUAUUAUUCCUGUUGGUGGUGUGCAAAUCAAAGAAAAAGAAUUAUUACCGAAGGAUAUCCAAGAAAUUUUUUCUAAGCCAUCAAAAGGUGUAAUAUACUUCUCCCUAGGAUCUAAUAUCAAAAGCGAAUAUUUGUCGUUAGAGCUUCUUCAAUCUUUCGGCGAUUGCUUUGCAGAAUUAUCCGACUAUCAAGUUUUAUGGAAACUUGAACCGCCUGCAAACCUCUCACUUCCAACAAACGUAGUGACUGUAAAAUGGGCGCCGCAAACGGCUGUUUUAGCACAGAAGAAGACCAAAAUGUUUAUUACACAUGGAGGAGGCCUAAGCACCCAGGAAACAACCUAUGCUGGAGUGCCGAUUGUAGCAUUACCACUGUUUCUCGAUCAAAUCAAUAACGCAGAAAAACUUAGAGAAAGAGGCGGCGGAGAAACAGUCACCUUAGAAGAAUUAGAAGACCCCUCACAGAAUAUAUUUUGUAAAAGGGUUAAACAAGUUCUUCAUAAUGCAUGCUACACUAGAACUAUGAAAGAUUCAUCAGCGAAAUAUCGUGAUGUCAAAGUAAAACCUCUUGAUGAAGCUGUAUUCUGGACGGAAUAUGUUCUGAGACAUGGAGAUAUUAAACAUUUGAGUCCGAAAAGUCGAUCUAUGAAUUGUUUUGUAGAGUUUGAUAAUUUGUUAGCGUUAGAACGUGAGCAUGAGACCAGUUUGUUCCCGCUGCGGCAGUAG